AUGGCACCCGAUCAUCCGGACAUGUUGUUCGAUUACGACUCGGAUUAUUUACAUCAAAUACACAGCGGAACGCGUGAGGAUUCAUUCGAUCAUAAUCGUUCAAACGAAAGGUUGUAUUCGAAGAAAAGAUCAAGAAGAAGCGUGUCGGAAGAAUAUUUUGUCGAAAUGUUAGUGGUAGCAGAUAGUUCGAUGGCAAAUUAUCACGGUGGCGACGUUGAAAAUUAUAUUUUGGCACUCAUGUACAUUGUUUCAGGUAUUUUUAAAGAUGCUUCAAUUGGAAAUCCAAUCACUAUAGCAUUGGUCAAAUUGGAAAUUCUUCAUCAUAAAAAUUUUGCACUUCAUAGAUAUCCACCUCACGAUGGCGUAAGCGCGGCUGAAAUGCUAAGAGAAUUUUGUAGGUAUCAGGCGAGUUUCAAAUCGGAAGAUCACGAUACUGCUCUCCUUUUGACAAGGGAAAAUAUAUGUAGAAAUGCCUCAGCUCAAAAGUGCGAAACUCUCGGACUUGCCGAACUAGGUACGAUGUGUGAUAGAAAAAGCAGUUGUUCUUUGGUACAAGAUAAUGGCCUUAGUGCUGCCUUCACCAUCGCACACGAAUUGGGACACGUUUUAAACAUGCCUCACGAUGAUGCGGAAAUGAAAUGCAGACCUCAUACGAGUGGAGAUUCAGUUAGUCACGUAAUGUCAACGUCAUUGAAAGAAGGCACUGAUCCGUGGUCAUGGUCUGAAUGCAGUCGUCAUUUUUUAACAGAGUUCCUGGAUUCCAGACACAGUCAUUGCCUUAGGGAUCCUCCUAUUAAGGAUUACAUUACGGAAAAUGGAUUUUCUGACGUGUUACCUGGCGAAACAAUCGAAGGUAAUCGUCAGUGUGAAUUACUUUACGGAGAAGGGUCACGUAUAUGUUCUUACAUGCCAGUAUGCAGCGCACUUUGGUGUCACAAAGUCGAUUCGGAAGGAUGUCAAACGUUGCACAUGCCUUGGGGUGACGGGACACCGUGCGGAGAAGGCGCGUGGUGUCAAAAAGGUUACUGCGUUCAAAAGGAUAGAAAAGCAUUGGAAAAAAUCGACGGAGGAUGGGGACCUUGGCAAGGUUUUGGGUCGUGUUCACGUACGUGCGGAGGUGGAGUCAAAAAAUCUUAUCGUGAUUGCAAUAAUCCGAGGCCGCAAAAUGGUGGAAAAUAUUGCACUGGUAAAAGAGUUAGAUAUAAAUCUUGCGGAACGAGAGAUUGUCCCGAGGGAUCGAAAGGUUUUCGAGAAGCACAAUGUUCGGCUUUUGAUUACAAUAGUCAUAACAUUCACGGUGUGCCUUCAACCGUGAGAUGGAUCCCCAAGUACGGGCUGACGGGAGAUGAUCGAUGCAUACUUUACUGUCGCGUUUUUCAAUCAAAUUUAUAUUAUCCGUUGAAAGAAAAAGUUAUUGAUGGCACACCCUGCGCUCCAGAAUCAUUUGAUAUUUGCGUUAACGGUCAAUGUAAAUCCGCCGGAUGCGAUCAUAUAUUAUCCAGUGACGUACGAUUGGAUCAAUGUGGAAAAUGCGGUGGAAACAACGAUACCUGUCGUCUCAUACAAGGUUUUUUUAACGUUUCCGCCGAAGAACAAGGUUAUAGAACGGUCGUGAGAAUUCCAGCGGGUUCAUCUAACUUGGAUAUAAGACAACACGGAAUUCGAGGAGCACGAGACGACAAUUACUUGGUUUUAAAAGAUGGAGUCACCGGAGGUCGACUAUUGAACAAUGAAAACGUUCUCACAACAUUUCAAAAAUUAAUUUUUUACGAUGGUGUUACUUUAGAAUAUUCUGGAUGUUUGACUCCGGUCGAAAGAAUAAAUGCAUCAAGACCGUUGAAAAGAGAUCUUUUAGUCGAGGUUCUUUCUGCUGGAAGUUUAACACCUCCAGAUAUAACUUAUCAAUACACUGUGCCCAAAAGCAACGAACAAAGACACAUGUGGAGAUUUUUAGAUGACGAAUGGGAUUCAUGCGAUCAAGUGUGCAACGGUGAGAGAAGACGAAUCAUGGUUUGCGUUACCGUCGAUACAAACGACAUAGUCGGUGACGUUUAUUGUUCGGCCAUAAGAAAACCACCCGCGAUUGUAGAAGAAUGUAAUACGAAUUGCGUGCUCAAAUGGAGAAUCACUGGAAGAACCGAAUGUUCUAGCAAUUGCGGUCCGGGAGUGCGGAGAGUGACGAAAGAAUGCGUUCAAGAAAUUACCGGGUACCGCGAACCUUUUCCCAUACGUAAUAGCUCUUGCAUGCAUCUACCCAAUCCUCCUCCGGACGUCGAAAGAUGCGAGGGUCCGUGUAAUGUUUUUAAUUGGAAAUACGGCGAAUGGAAUUCGUGUUCGAAAACUUGCGGUCCGGGUGUGCGUACGAGGGAUGCUUAUUGUGCAGAUGAAUUAAAUCGUCCCGUCGGAGAUGAGAAAUGCAAUCAAGAUGAUAAAAUAAUACAAGAACGUUGCGAAUUACAAAAUUGUCCAAAUUGGACAUAUAGCGAAUGGUCAGCGUGUUCAGUGACUUGCGGAAUCGGGAUACAAACCCGAAGUCACUGGUGUCAACUUGACAACAAAGUUAUUGAUAAGAGCUAUUGCUAUGCCGGGAGAAUGCCAAUUUACCGUAAGAAAUGUGUCAUGCUUUGCCCGAUGUGGUCAUUUUCUGAUUGGAGUCCAUGUUCGGCAACGUGCGGUGUCGGUUACAAAAAGAGAACUGUCUUCUGCAGGACGAGCGAAGGAAAAGUUGUCAACGAUGUAUACUGUAGAGAUAGGCAAAAACCAUCGGACGGUGAAAAAAUAGUCAAAUGCGACGAACGUCCGUGUCCUGUAAAAUAUCCCCAGAGUAAUAUUAUUAAUAAUAAUAAUAAUAAUAACAACGUCGGAAGGGAUUUUAAUAAUUUCACACACGGUACGAGGCACAAGAGGUUAAGAGUUCAAUGGCGUGUGACCGAAUGGAAACCCUGCAGUAAAACAUGCGGCGGAGGAAUACAAGAACGUAUAGUUUCCUGUUACAAUGGUCGCGGUCAAAAAUUAUCACCCGAUGCUUGUCAUUACGUGACGAAACCGCGAAAUCAACAAAGUUGUAACGAAUCGCCAUGUCCGAAAUACGGAUGGAAAACCGAACCAUGGUCGACGUGUUCGAAAACAUGCGGAAGAGGUGAGAGAACGAGACUCGUCAAAUGCGUUCUCAUACUCACGGAUAAUAAUUCAAUAGAACCCAAUGGCGGCGGGGGCGGGAGCGGUGGCGUCAAUAGUCAACAUUACAACAACGACAGGAGAGUAAACGAUGAAUUUUGCGUGAAACGUGAAAAACCGAGGGAAAGGAAAAAAUGUUUGAAAAAAUUAUGUCCGCGAACGUGGAUAAAAGGAGAUUGGAGCAAAUGUUCGAAACCGUGCGGAAAAGGUGUACAAAAUCGAACGGUCACGUGUCAUCAAGUAAACAGUUACGAUUGGUUGGAUCCCGUUCCGAUAAAUAGUAAAUUUUGCAGUUCUAUAGAAAAACCACAAUUGGAAAGAGAGUGCAAGAUAAGGGAUUGCGAUGCGGAUUUAUAUUGGCAACCGGAAAGAUGGUUACAGUGUACGGAACCGUGCGGAAGAAAAGGAAUACAAAGAAUGGAAUACACUUGCCGGAAUAGAAAUGGUGAAAUCGUCAAAGGAAUAGAAUGCAAGAAAAAAGAUAUUCCCAAACCUUUGCCAAAAUCAAAACCUUGCAACAGAAGGCCUUGUGACAAAAUAAAUUGCAAAGAAAUACAAUUACAAACGAAUGCAAGAACGGAUGGAGAAUACAAUAUGGUCGUCGGAGGGAAAAAAAUGCCCAUUUAUUGUAAGGACAUGAACACGAACAGUCCCACCGAAUAUUUAUCAUUAAAACGUCCUCAGGAUAAUUAUUCUCAAUUUUCCAACAGAAGACUGAGCGAACAUUCUUAUCAUUACGCCAAUAAUAAUAAUGAUAACUCAUACGACGAAUGCAGAUGUUUACAAGAUAGGGAGAAAAAAGCCGGAUUAACGGAAUUUAGAAAAGUCAGAUUACUCGUGGAUACGUUGGAAAUCGAUACACAAGAUUUCACAUUUUCAAAUCAAAUAAGCGGGAGACCCAUUGGAGUGGCCGAAGCUGGAGAUUGUUGUAGUAAUCCGGAAUGCAUACAAGGAAAAUUUAAACUCAACAUUACGGGUUCUCAUCUUUUCAUAUCGAAUCAACAAUGGGUUCCGAGAUUUCAUCAAUCGGUUAAAAUAGUCAUUGAAAAGAAUCCACAAGUGAUUACUGGAAUGUGCGGAGGAGCUUGCGGAUCUUGCGUACCAUCGAGAACAGGUAGACUGAAGUUGGAAGUUCAACCGCCUUGA